UUUUCGGUUUUCGGUUUUUCGAGUUCGGUUCGGUUUGGAUUUUGAACUAAAUUCGAUUUUUCGGUUUUGGUUCGGUUUUGGCAAAAAACCGAACCGAAACCCUAAUGCACACCCCUAGUCACAGGACCAACAAUCCGACCUCAAAUUCAACCACAGAUCAAUUUUUCAUUUUUUUUAUUAUUCUCUAAUUUCAUGUGUUAAUUAUAGUGUACAGUAUUUGUAAAAUCAAAAUAGAAAAAAACUGAAAAAUUGAAAAUUACAUAAAGAAAAUAUGUAACAUUGCAGAAAUAAAUACAAAAGAACAUAAGUUUAAAUUGUGAUAUUCGUAAAAUGAAAAUAAAUAAUUAAAAAAUCAAAAAAUACUUAACUAGACUCUCCAAAUUACAUAAUUAAAAUACUGAAAAUUUUCAUAAAAUCGAUAGUGCAAUUGUUGAGUUAUUUGAUUGUUACAAGAUAGCAUUUUUUAGCCACUCACUCUUAUAUAUACUUUCAUUGGCUAUAUUUUUGUGCUUAACAUGUAACAAACAAUCAUACAACAUCGUUUUUGUCACCUGAUUUAUUUAUUUUUGUUGUAUAUGUCACACUAGCACAAAUUUUCAGAAUGCUCAGUCAGUUAUGCAAUGCAAGAUAUGAAAAACAAAAAAAAACUUGGCAACAAGAUAUACCGUAUAAUACUUAUUCAUAUAUGAACUAUGAUACUUCUGUGAACAAGAUCAUAAGAAUGGAGUAAAAAAUAGUUGAGUACAAAACACAUAACAAAGAUCAAUUGGGUCACUGAAAAUAAUAUUUUUAGCUACAAAACAAAUUUGCAUGCACAAGAGACUGUCAAUCAUUAUCGUUAUUGCCUUUUAUUUUAACUACAAUAGUACCAACUUUUCAAUCAAUAAUACUCCAUAUUCUGAAUCCAUUCCUUCAUAUAUGUAUGUAAGCUCUAUACUAUACAAUCAUAUGGCCUCCAAAAUUGAGUGCAAUAUAAAUUUUCAUCGCAAAAAGAUAAUAUAAAAGAAAUUAAGUCAUUUUUAAAAGUUUGGGCAUUAUUAACUUUAAAAAAAUGAAUUAUACUCCAAAUAACAAUAGAUUUUUUAGAAAUUAAUCUAUUUUUAUAAAUAAAAAUUUAAACUUGCAGCCACAAUAAGCGUCCACGCAAAAUAAAAGCAUCAUACAAUGCUGCCACCUAUAUAACACGGAUACUUCACUUUGUUGCCGUAUCGCGUAUCGGAUACGUAUCCGAUACCGAUACGCGACGGAUACGCGACGGAUACGUAUCCUGGGCGUAUCCGCGGGAUGGGCCGUAUUGGGCCGGGAAACCUCAGAUUCGAUACGUAUCUCGGUGGAUACGGCCCAGUUUAAAGCCCAUCUAAAGGAGCCGGCCCGAUAGAAUUAACGGGCUGGACCAAAAAGCCCAUUUGUGAUGUAGCCCAUUGCAGCUGGAUGAACAAAUCUAGCUCUAUAAAUAAUGAUGCUCUAUACAAUAUAAGAUUCCACACAAUUGAGAAAGCCGCAGCUAGGUCAAAAACUCCCCGCCUCCAUAGAUUCGCAGUAUGGCAUCUCCAAAUCUGAGUGCUACUGCUGCUAGUUCUAGUGCUAGUUCUGCUGCUAGUUCUAGUGUUGGAUCUGGGUCCAGACAAAUAACUGAUAUCAGGGCUCCAUUGUGGGAUCAUGUCACCAUUCUAGAGAAGCCUAAACCUGGUGGAGGAAAUAUAUUAUGGAGAUGCAACUAUUGUCCAUUUUCAAAAAGCACUAGCUAUACAAGAGUUGAAGCUCAUUUGCUGCAAAAAUUAAGACAGGGGAUUAAGACAUGUCCAAAUGUUUCAUUUGAAAUGCUGAGUGACAUGAGGAGGGAAGUGGAAAAGUGUAAGGAGCUAUUGGAAAGAUCAAAGGCAUGCACUGUUUCUUUGCCUGUAGCUCCUUCAGACAACAGCAAGAGGACCAAGAGGGGGCCUGUUUCUCAAUUGGAAAAAUCAUGGGCAUUGCAAGACCGCAAGCACUUGGAUGCUUUAAUUGUUAGAGCAAUGUUUUCUGGAGGGAUUUCUUUCAACUUUCUGAGAAACCCAUAUUUUAGAGAAGCUUUUGCAUUUGCUUGCAGCCGCAAUUUGCCAAGUUACACAAUACCUGGGUAUAACAGGGCAAGGGAAUCACUGCUCAAGCAAGAAAGAAGGCACAUAGAGACUCUAUUGGAGAGUACAAAGAGCACAUGGCCAGAGAAAGGGGUCACAAUCUGCUCUGAUGGUUGGUCAGAUCCUCAGAGGAGGCCAAUCAUCAACUUCACCGCUGUUUCUGAGAAAGCACCAAUGUUUUUGAGGGCUGACAAUUGUGAAGGAGAAUACAAGUCAAAAGAAUAUAUUGCUGAGAAGUUGAGGGCUAUCAUUGAUGAAGUAGGUCGACAAAAUGUGGUACAAAUCAUCACAGAUAAUGCUGCAAAUUGCAAAGGUGCGGGUCUUUUAAUUGAAGCUGAAAAUGAUCACAUAUUUUGGACACCUUGUGUAGUGCAUACUCUCAACCUUGCUAUGAAAAAUAUAUGUGAACCUAAACUGCCAAGGACACCUACUGAUGAGGAUAUGCAGGUUUGGAGUCGAUUAGAAUUUAUAAACAAUGUCAAAGUUGAGGCUACUAUGAUCAAGAAUUUCAUAAUGAAUCAUGGCAUGCGUCUUUCCAUGUUUAAUGAGUUCAGCCAUUUGAAGUUGCUCUCUAUUGCUGAAACAAGAUUUGCAUCGGUUGUGUGUAUGCUAAAACGGUUUGUUGAGGUAAAAGCAGCUCUCCAACACAUGGUGAUUAGUGACAAAUGGAGCAUCUACAAAGAGGAUGCUUCAACUGCCCAACAUGUAAAGGAAAAAAUACUAAGUGAUGUCUGGUGGGGCAAUGUGGAAUACAUUCUUAGGUUCACUAGUCCUAUCUAUGAUAUGAUACGCUUUGCGGACACCGACACCCCGUGUCUUCACUUAAUCUAUGAGAUGUGGGAUUCAAUGAUUGAGAAAGUGAAGAAAGAAAUAUAUUUGUAUGAAGGGAAGGAACCAAAUGAGGAGUCAGACCUCUACUCUGUUAUUCAUGAUAUAUUGAUUGCUAGGUGGACAAAAGGCAAUAAUCCACUUCAUUGUUUGGCUCAUUCACUCAAUCCAAGAUUUUACAGCAACAUGUGGCUUCAAGAAGGUGCUGGCCGACUACCCCCCCACAAGGACAAGGAAAUAUCACAAAUGAGGAUGACUUGCUUCAAGAAAUUCUUUCGCAUACCGCAAGAGUUGGCUGCAGUGAAGGAAGAAUAUGCAAGGUUUUCUAGUUGUUCAGAAGAAUUCAAUGACCCUGAUUCUAUACAUGAUAGAUGGGCUGUUUCCCCAAUGACAUGGUGGACAAAUCAUGGACAAUCUAUCCCUCUUUUGAUGAGUUUGGCCAUGAAACUGCUCAGCCAACCGGCCUCUUCUUCUUGCUGUGAAAGAAAUUGGAGCACAUAUAGCUUCAUCCAUAGUGUCAAGAGAAAUGCCUUAACUCCUGAGCGGGCUGAAGAUUUGGUCUUUGUGCACUCAAAUCUGAGACAUUUGUCAAGAAGAACUGAUGCAUACAAGAAAGGAGAGACAAGGAUGUGGGAUGUUGGGGGAGAUUCUUUUGAUUCCCUUAGUGGUGUUGGUCUUCUUGAAGUUGCUGACCUCUCCAUUGAUGAACCUGAGUUGCAGGCUGUAUCAUUUGGAUUGGGUGAUGCCGAGGAUGAAGGUGUGGAGCUGGAGGAGACGGGGAAUGAGGAAGAAGCUUGAUGUUGAUGGCUUGAUGCUAGUUUGCUACUACCUUUUAAUUAUUUCCUAAUUUAGAACCUGCUGCUAUCAUGUUAUUUUGAGUGUAAUAGACCUUUAAUGUCUCUAUGUUGAAUUAGAAUAUCUAUUUUGUAAUUUAUUUUGCACUAUUAUUAUUUAUUAAAAAAAAUAGUUAAAACGUA